AUGUAAGAAAAGGAUGUAUAGAAUGUUUAAAUUAACUUAUGUAAAAUAAUUAAUAAUUAAAUGAGAUCUUAAAGAGUUGUAGUUUUACUUGAGAGAUUGUAUAAGUUGGAUGAAAAGUUGGGAGGCAAUGAAAGAAAGAAGAAUGUGAAGAAUCCUCAGAAAGAAUUUGAUUAGAUGAUUGAUGAUUUAAAGGAGUAGGUCGAAAUGAUUUCUGCAAAAUAGAAAGACAGAGAUCAGCGAAAUUAAAAGUAUGGAAAUGAUGAGGAGGCAAUUCGUUUGGGUGUAGAAAUUAGAGAGUCUAUUUUAAAAUGCGAGUCGUAAUAUAAGUCUUUAGAGAAAACACUUUUGCGAUAAUUAAAGAAGCCUCAAGUAAUCAUGCAUUUCCAAUAUAGAAAUAUAAUGAAAAAGAUUUGGAGAUGAGAGUUACAUUAUUUAAAUUGUUAAAGGUUGCUUUGAAGGGAACCAAGAUGAGGGAAUUCGGAGUUGAAGAAUAGGAGUUUAAGGGAGUGACACUCAAUGAAUUAAAGAAUUAAGUUUUUGAGGGGGGCACUCAAUUUCAAAAGAGUUAACCGGAGUACCAGGAGCAACUGAGUUUGGAGGAAUAGGAGGCUAUGCAAAGAUGGAAUUUGAAUGAUGAACAUAUGGAUAAAUUAUUGGAUCAGAUUAUUUCAGGGUUGGAUCAAAUGCAUUACAAGGUUUAAGCAAUGGGUUAGGUAUUUGAUUUGAGUAUCAACUUUUGUAUAGAAAAUUGAUGAAACUGGUGGAAGGGUUAAAGAUUUAAUGAUAUAAGUCGAUAAAGCUAAUUCAAGUUUAACUUCUGCUAACCGAGCGUUGAAAAAAUUAACUGAAGUUUAUCGAAGACCCAAUAAGUUUGCUCUAGAUAUUGCAUUCAUAUUAUUGCUAUUGGGCUUGAUUGCUACAGUAGUGACCACAGUCACUAAGAAGUGAU